AUGGACUGGACAGGUCCAGGCCUUUGGACAGAUACUGUAUUUGAUUAUCUUAAUGAAACAUAUCAUGUGCAAUGGCCUACACUAACAAAAUUAAAUCAUACUCGACUUAUUGGUGAUGUUUAUAUUUUACCUGUAUCAGGAUUUCAACCGUCUGCAUAUCUGUUGGGUGCAAAAGGGAGAGAUGAUCCAGAAGCACGUAUUUGGCACUAUUUUCGCGGAAGUUGGAAACACGAUUAUCCGAAGAUAACAAAUUCAUAG